AUGGCCGACAACGUCUCUGCCUUCCGCGACCGUUCCCAGCACCCUUCCAUCGGUGGAGAUUUCCUCAUUCCCGAGGGCUGGGGCUAUCUUGCCACGCCCCGUACCAACGAUCUGCGCACUCGCCUCGGCUCCCAGCCCAGCAGUAACAUCGAACAGGAGACGCAACGCGUCAAUAGCUACCAGCUCAUCCAGCCAUCACCACGGCUCCACCAGGAGCUUCGCACGUCCGCUGGCUUCGCACAAGAUCCUUACGUGCUGAUGCCCAGCCAAAUGAGCAACCGCCUCGGUGACUUCGGUGGUGGCAGCGGCAAUACUCUUCUUUGUGGGUCGCUGGGCCAGCAGCAUCAGCAGCAAUGCCAGCAACUCGUUAUGGUCCCCGUGUACAUUCCCAUCUACGGUUCGCCGGACCAGCGAUGGCCCGGCACCUCAAUGACCGGGCACCAACAAGGAACCUCACAAGGCGCACCGCCCGGCCACCAGGGCAUGCACAUGCCCAUUUCAGGCUGUGGACUGGUACAGUAUCCUUUGGCCCCUACACUAAUCGGCCCUGUGGAGAAGCAGAAGAAGCGUCGUGCGCCACCCAGUCCACAGUAUUUGCAUAUGACGGUGCAAGAGAUGAUUGAGGAGUUGGCGUACAGGAAUGUUGACACUGCGCAGCUGCAGGCGAAGAGGGCGAAAAAGGCCGAUUACAUUGGGCAGUUGCAGUGGGCGGAUCGGGAAGGCAUUCGGGGGAGGGGUGCAUGGAAGAGCUGCCAUGGGAAUGCGCCGCCGCUGUCGGAGAUCAUAAGGAAUAAAUGA